UAAACAAACUAGGUGAACGCUCGUGCUUGUAACUGGAAUUUGGAAAUAAAUGCUACUUACGAUACAAGUUUUUAACAGUAACAUACCUUAUUGUAAAAAGUAACAAUAAAAUAGGAUUGAUCAAGAACUAUGUCUCGAAAAAAUAUUUAUUAUUCUGAUAAAUAUUAUGAUGACAAAUACGAAUACAGACAUGUGAUGCUUCCAAAGGACAUAGCCAAACUUGUUCCAAAAACUCGCUUAAUGUCUGAGACUGAAUGGAGAAGUCUGGGUGUUCAACAGAGUCAAGGGUGGAUUCACUAUAUGAUGCAUGAACCAGAACCUCACAUACUUUUAUUUAGAAGACCAAUUACAGGGGAUGUGGUCCCCUCACAAGAGGAGCAGAUGAAAGAAGAAAUGUAGCUUUUACUGGAAUAGUUCUUUAUCUUCAAAAUGAAUUGAUUGUAAAUAGCUGAAUUUUUACAUAUUUUUGUAAUCCAAUUCAGCACAGUUUGUACAUAACCCUGAGUUUGUUGUAAUUCUGGAAGGUUAUCUUUAUGUGUAACUUUCUGUCUAGGGAUUUCUUUAUUUUUCUUUCAAAAAUAAAAGUUUAAAAAA